GAUCUAUGGAAGGAGUUCACCACAUCGGACUUGGCAAGAAAGUCAAUUAUCCAUUUCGUUCAGCAUGGUGGCCAAGAUGCGGCAACCCCAUGCUCUGUUCCGAUGGGACUCCUCUGCCCGCUGGUUGCCGCUGGUUGAGUUUGGUACGGUUUCCUGUUGUUGCUUGUGUCGAGCCAUGGGUCCGUCUCUCCUUCGCACUGAGCCUACUUCUCCUGUCGCUGGCGCUUCUUCUUCUCAUCCGUCCUGCUGCUUACCAAAGUGCUUCUGCUUGCUGCCUCGGGUUGUACGAUCUCUUCUGUCACUAUCAUUCGACUCAUCAAGUUGUUAUACCUGUUUUGGAGGCUAUGGGUAGCUCGAUGCGCUUUGCCGUCCCUUUCAUAUCUGUGUGUAGUCGCAGAGGAUGGCUCUGUUCUUGCUGGUGUAGAACUCGAGCUCCCAGUGGGACAGAUCUGGUCCUAUGGAGAAGCUUGAUGAACAAGCCGAGGUGCAGCUACUUUCGACCCCUCAUGCUAUAUACCCAUAUAUACACAUGUCUCCCACUUGAUUGGUUUUGUCUCACACACAAGGCGAGCUCUGGUGGUAAAGCUGAAACUUCAUCACCUACUGUUGAAGAAAAGGAUGAUAACAAUGACCAGGCUCAAGUGAUCAGAAACAAAAGAAUGAAGUGGCAAGCAUAGAAGAAAUGCAGAGCCAGUUUCCCUCGGAUACAGUGUAUUACACUGAGUCUGAGGAUACACAACAGUCUAUUGAGGCUACUCCACCAUCGGUGAAAAUCCCCAACAGAAUGAUGCUGGAUGUCCUUGUAGAAUCUUUGGGCCUGCCAUUGGCUGAGUAUCGAACCAAAGUAUGCGAGGAUGGUUUGAAGUUACAAAGAAUCCCAUUUUUGUUCAGAUAUGCACGCCCUUUUGUCAUCUAGAAUCCUUGCAUUUAGUUUUAUAUUAUUGAUUCAGGUUUAGCUAUUUAGAUCAAAACUGUAAUCUUGCUUGUAGAUUGGACAGAUUAUUUCUCACUUUGAGGACUCCGUUUUGUUCAUCGGAAAGUUUUUUCCCAGUGUGGUUCUUCCAAAAAUGAAUUGAAAUUACUAAGAUUCAUGCAAGUUACUUGGCAAAGAAAUUUUUUGUCUGCAUA